AUGUCAGCUCAGGACAGUUCUUGCGAUCUUAAAGCUCUUAGCACACAGAGAACAGUCCAAAUAUCAGAUGAUGAUUUCAUCUACAUUCUGGUCUUCCCCAACCUCUUUUCAAGAGAUCCAAACCUCAAAGAACAAUUGCAGAACCGAAAAUUUUCCAAAGCAAAAUGCGCCGAAAUUUUCAAAUCUGCCUUCAAGAUUUCUGAAGAUGAAAACAACGACUUAAGGAACGAUCUAAAUAAAGACUUUAAUGCCUUUUUAAAAGACAGCCAAGAAGAAAUCGAAUAUCAUCGAUUUUUGCUUUUAAUUUUAAUGUGCUUAUUCAAGAUCUUUGAGACAAAACUUAUGCUACGUAUUAAAUUAUUUUUUUCUAGAGACAAGGAUGAGAUUUUUUGCAAAAUUGGAGUGAGUGAUUAUAACUCAAAGGUCCAGGCUUGUCUUUCUGAUUAUUUGGUGCAAUUAGAUAGAAAAGAUGAGGAAAAAUGUGGAUACUCAUUUAUUUCGCCUUAUGCUAUUUUUGAGAUGGAUAUUGAGGAUAGCCAGGAUGAUAGUGAAAAUUUGGAGAAGCUGUAUAAAGCUUAUAAAUAUGAUGAGAAAAAAGCGAAAAUGAUUGAAGAAAGAUUUACUAUGUUUAGGUAUAAAGAUAAAGUAAGGCUUCUGUUUGAAAUGAUUACUUCGGUGGUUGAUAUACCUGAUUUGAUUGAUAAUAAAAUCAUAACUGCAGGGUAUUGCGUCCAUAAUAUGGAGCAGUUGACAUAUCUUACUCCUCAUUUUAACUGGAAUCAAAAAUUAUAUUAAAUUUUUUUCUGUAAAAUAAUUUUAAAAAUUGAAUGCAAUAUUUUUAAAUUUUAUUUAUUUGUGUGAAUAAUUAAUUCAAAAAAUUAAUCGAUUAAGUUUGAUACUGUUUGAAUAAUCUCCUAUAAUAAAUUAGGUUAAAUUAAUCUUAUAAAAAUAGCAUUUUCACAUGCAAAGUUUUGCUUUUUUAAAAAAAGGGGUUUAAAUAACAAAAAAUGGAAAUUUCCUAUAUUUUGUUCCAAUUUAAGGGGGAGCUAGAAAAAAUUGGGGAUCAUUCUGGGCAAUUUAUAAGCCUCAAAAUUUCAAAGAAAUCCGGAAAUAUUUCGGUGAGAAAAUCGCUAUAUAUUUUGCAUGGCUUGACUAUUAUGUUAAAUGGCUUAUUUUACCAGCAAUACUCGGUUCUGCACUUUUUUGGACUGAAUUUCAUUAUCAGGAUAUGAAUGACAAAUCAAAAGAGAUGACAAAAUCAGAAGUGGGGUUGCUCAUUUUUUCUGUAUUUCUUGCUUUGGGAUCAGCACUUUUAGACAAACUUUGAAUACGCAGGCAGAAUGAGCUAUCUUGAAUGUGGGGAACUGUAGACUUAAAUGUUGUUGAACUGCAACGUCCCGGAUUUAAAGGAGUAUAUAACUUACAGAGAGUUGCAAAUAUUUUUUUUUAAUAUAAAAAAUUAUGACAAUUCCCAAUAAGCAAGCAUAUAUAGAAAAGACCCAAUUUCAGGAAGACAAAAGAAAUUCUCCAAUAAAAUAGUUACAGAAGGCGCAAAAAGAAUUAUUGGGAUAAAUAUCGCUAUUUUAUUCGCAAGCGUUGUUUUCAUAACAGUAGGAGGCAUCUUUUUCUAUCGAUCUACCCGCACUGCCUCUGACUUAGGAGGACAAUGGCAUCGUAUUUGCGCCUUAAUGAACGCCGUUCAAAUCCAAGUAAUGAAUUUUGUUUACAGAAAAGUUGCAAAAGUCUUAACAGACUGGGAAAACUACGAAUAUGACUCCCAAUAUUUCGAUUCCUUGAUAUUUAAGCUCUAUCUCUUCCAGUUCGUAAACUCCUAUAUUUCAUUAUUUUACAUUGCCUUUGUGAAAUAUUACAUUGAAGGUUGCGGUUUGGAAGAAGAUUGCAUGAGUGAGCUGAGGAUCGGUAUAAGUCAUUUGAUUCUUUUCUGACAUCCUCGGGGUUUUUCGGUUGAAAACUUUCCUUGUGAGACAUUUGCUAGAAAAAACUAAAUAAAUGCCUCAAGACAACAAAAAAUCUAAAAGGAAAUCGUCCGAUAAAAUACAAGUCACCUGCUGAGGACACAGCUAGGUGUUAUUUUUAUUAUCAAAAUGCUUUUAAACUUUAUUGAGCUAGGAAAGCCAAUCAUUAUGAGAAAAAUCAAGCUUUGGAAAGAAAGAAAAGAAAUUGAAAAAAGUAAACAAAGAGGUGAGCAGGUAAGAGAAGAAAUGACGCUUAUUGAAGCACAAAAUAAGCUUGAAGACUAUGAGACACCGCUUGAUGAUUAUAUGGAAAUUGUGAUUGAUUAUGGAUAUGUCGUAAUGUUUUCAGCAGCUUUACCUCUAGUCCCUCUACUUGCAUUAGGUAUGAAUAUUCUUGAAAUUCGUGUAGACUCAUAUAAGCUUUGCUGACUGACAAAAAGACCUUUUCCGAUGCUAGCCAACUCAAUAGGAUAUUGGCAAGUGAUUCUGAGGUCAAUUUCUACUAUGGGUGCUCUCACAAAUACAGGAAUUAUGAUUUUUACAAUUGAUAUAUUCGAUUUAGACCACCUUACAGAAAAAUGGCUUUAUUUUAUGAUUAUUGAGCAUUUAAUUUUAUUAUUCAAGUACACAUUAUAUGUACAGUUUAAUGAUACCCCUCAAAGAGUAACGAAAGGACUGGUGUGGGGAAAUAGAAUCGCAGCUGAAAGAAUGUAUGGGCGAGCACAUGAUGAGAGUCAAAAAGACUUAAGAGGCCUUUAUUUUAAGGAUCUUCAAGGAAGAAAUGAUGUAGUUUUAGAUCCUUAUAAGAUAUCUAAAGAAAAUAAUUAA